GUCGAGUCUUGGAGGUCAAAGUUGAAGAGGGGGUGGAUGCGGAAGUGAAACAGAACCAAACUUUUCUGGUUUACACCACGAAUGUGAUGAUAAGGCUCUAGCUGCUGUUGUUAUGUUAUUCAAGUCACUAGUGGGGAGUGCCUGCACUCUACUUGGAGCUGCUACAGCCUUCAAAUUCGCACCCUUGGAAGUCAAGGCCCAGGCAGCAGCUCUCCUUCACAGCGCAGUGAGGAAAUCUUCUCUGGUAGAACAAGCAAAUAUGAAGGUUGAACUUCUCCCAGCUCUCUCUGACAACUACAUGUACCUCCUGAUUGAUGUGGACUCCAAGGAAGCAGCUAUUGUUGACCCUGUGGAACCCAUAAAGGUUGUGGAAGCUGUCAGAAAGCAUGGCGUAAAACUCACAACAGUCUUGACCACUCAUCACCACUGGGAUCAUGCUGGGGGAAAUGAAAAGAUGGUGAAGCUAAUGCCAGGACUGCGAGUUUACGGAGGAGAUGAUAGAGUUCCUGCCAUUACAAAGAAAGUGAAUCAUUCCCACAACUUCAAAAUUGGAUCACUUAAUGUCAAAUGCCUUUUCACGCCGUGUCACACAACUGGACACAUCUGCUAUUAUGUGACCAAAGAGAGCAGCACCGAGCCACCGGCUGUCUUCACAGGAGACACAUUGUUCGUGGCUGGCUGUGGUAAAUUCUUCGAGGGAACAGCAGAGCAGAUGUACAGAGCCUUGAUAGAAAUUCUGGGCCACCUGCCGCCGGAAACGCGUGUUUAUUGUGGUCAUGAGUACACCAUCAGCAAUCUGAAGUUUGCUCGUCAUGUGGAACCAGACAACGAGGUCAUUCAGGAGAAGCUAGCAUGGGCAAAGGAGAAGUGCAGCAAUGGAGAGCCCACAAUCCCAUCCACUUUGGAAGCUGAAUUCACAUUUAACCCCUUCAUGAGAGUAAAAGAAAAGUCUGUGCAGGACCAUGUGAAGCAGACAGACCCAGCUGAAACCAUGAGAAGCCUCCGGAAAGAAAAAGAUGGCUUCCGUGUGCCCAAGGAGUGAUGUCCUGUGCGCACAUGCUAACUUCUCCUUAAAAUUCUUACAAUACUGCAAUUUGACUAAAGUAUACCACAGCAAUUCAUCUUCAAAGCCACAUGAAACUGAUCUAAUACAACCAAUCUCAGUGAAAUCAUGCACAUUUCAUUAUCAUUAUCAGCGGCUAUCAGCUUGACACAAUUUUAGUUUCAUUCUGUUUGUUUGAGCAUUGCUGGUGUGAUAGUUUUAAGGAAUAUUUGGCCAUUAUUUGAACGCUUUAAAUGGGAAAUAAAAUAGUUUUUUGUGUAAAUAGAAUUUUUAGAGUCUUAGUUUCAUGUUGUAAUAUAUUGAAGUGCAAACUACUAUUUCAAGAAGCGUUCAGAUAAAAAACAAAACAUGACAGGGAGUGGAUGAUAAAAGGAUGUUUGAGUACGUGUAAAAUAUCUGUAAAUGGAUAAAUUAAUUUCUUUAAAAAUUUGAAUCGAUGUUUUCUUCUGACUUUGAAUGCUCCCUUAUGAAUUUCUAUUACUAUUUUCAUGAAAUACAUUUUUCUUGAUAGUUUUUCUUUUAUUAUAAGAUGCAAAUAACAAUGAUUUCAUCAUUCUUACAAAAGCAACCUGUGCACAAAUUACUGUGUACCUAUCAAUUUGUCAGCAUUGAAUGAAGACACCGUAAGUUAUUCUUCCAUGUACAGUACAACCUUACAAGACAACUGCAUGAUGUUUGGAGAAGCAAUGAGCAUGUACUUUAAGUCAGUAAAAAUAAAGGUAAAGGCACUCAUGGCAA